AAUCUUCAUAUAUUAACAGAUCUGUAUUCACUGAUGAUAGUGAACUCAAUGUUGAAUUAUUGAUCAAGAACUUGAAGAACACAAUAAUGAAGAAAUUGUUUAUAUUAUAUAUAACUGAGUCUUCUAUGUCUCUCUCUGCUCUCUCUGUUUCUUUCUCUGUCACUCUCUCUCAAUCUUCUACAUCUGUCCCUGUGUCUGAUUCUCCUGCUUCUGCUACUUCUGUUCCUGUAAUUCUCACUUCUGCUACUUCUGGUUUUACUGUCUCUGCUUUUAUUAUCAGCUCUUUCUAUUUCAAGGAGAUAUUGUAUAGACUUAAUAAACUACAUUUCUCAAGAAUCACUUCUCUUCUUCACAGUAUUGAGAUUAUAA